AAUAUAUACAAGAGAAGAUAUGAUGGGCUGUUCCAAUGGCACCGACGCGACGAUGCACAUGAAACAUGAGAGUUCCUACAUUUUUGCUCCUUAAAUAUUUUAAAGGGUCUUCGAAUCUUUAGGAAUAUCGGUUCUUGAAAAAAUGGGUAGCUUGGGACAAAUUUUGAGACACCCAGAUGAGAUAUAUCUACUGCUCAAGUUGAAGAGGGAGAUUAAGAAAGCUCAGAAGCAGAUCCCACCAGGGAAACACUGGAGAAUCUGCUAUUCCUUACUCCACAAUGUUUCUACAAGCUUCUCUUACGUCAUUCACCAACUCCGGACCGAGCUUCGAAACCCCAUGUGUGUGUUCUACUUGGUUCUUCGAGCUCUUGAUACCGUCGAGGAUGACACAAGCAUAUCAAAGGAGGUCAAGCUUCCCAUCCUGACAGAUUUCCACCGUCGCAUAUAUGAUCGUGACUGGCACUUUUCGUGUGGUAGGAACGAGUUCAAAGUUCUAAUGGACCAAUUCCACCAUGUGUCUUCGGCUUUUCUCCAACUUGAAAGAGGGUAUCAAGAAGUUAUUGAGGAUAUUACAAAAAGAAUGGGUGCAGGAAUGGCCAAGUUCAUUUGCCAGGAGGUAGAAACAAUGGAGGACCACACUGAAUAUUGCUACUAUGUUGCUGGACUUUUGGGUUUUGGCCUGUCUAAACUCUUCCUCGCUUCGGGAUUAGAAGUUUUAACUCCAGAUUGGGAACAACUUUCCAAUUCAAUGGGCUUAUUUCUACAUAAAACACACAUUAUCAAAGAUUAUCUUGAGGACAUUAAUGAGAUACCAGAGCCACGCAAGUUCUGGCCUCGCCAGAUUUGGAGCAAAUAUGUUGGCAAGCUUGAGGACUUCAAAGAUGAGGAGAACUCGACCAAAGCAGUGCAAUGCUUAAAUUAUAUGGUCACCGAUGCAUUGAUUCAUAUUGAAGAUUGCUUUAAGUACAUGGCUGCUUUGCGUGAUCCUACCAUAUUUCGGUUUUGUGCCAUCCCUCAGAUUAUGGCGAUUGGAACACUUUCAUUAUGCUAUGACAAUGUACAAGUCUUUAGAGGCGUUGUGAAAGUGAGGCGAGGUAUAACUGCUAAAGUCAUGGAUCGCACAAAAACAAUGGAUGAUGUCUAUGGCGCUUUCUAUGAUUAUUCUUGCAUGUUGAAAGCAAAGGUCGAUAAGAAGGAUCCAAAUGCCACAGAGACUCUACACCGACUUGAAGUUGUCCUGAAACUCUGUAGAGACAUUGGGGUUCUUCAGAAGAGAAAUUCCUUGGUUAACGACGGAGCACAAUCAAAACCUCUCCUUGUUGUAAUGCUGCUAGUGCUUCUAUUUGCUAUAGUCUUUGCGUAUCUCAGAGCAAACCGAGUGAUGGAAAUAAAUAACGCAAGUGACCCGGAUAUCAUCAUGAACACGGUUUCUAGGUUCUUCAGCAAUUGAUGAUAUUUGUUCCUUUUUAUAUAUUCACCCUAUCUCUGUUUCCUUUCCCUGUCUUUUACAUAAAUGAAUUCAUGAUAGUGUUGAACUUGGUCUGGUUUGAAUCACUUGUUAAGCCAAUGUUCCUCAUGGAUGUGUUUUCCAAGAGGGGCCGGGUAGAUGAACCUCAUGGAAGAGUUGUGUUUAAGCAUGCGUACGUGCUUGACGACAUGAGUUUAUGUGUUGAUCAA